UUUUUACAAGUGAAAAAAAUACACAAUUAUGGGAAGAAGACUCCAAAAGAGGCAAGAUGGAAAACUCAGCUAGCAGUGAGAAGGGUCCUGGAAGAGGAUUACUCACAGGAUGCAACACUUUUUUUUUUUCUUUUCUUUUUCUUUUCUGGAACUAAGAGGAUGAGAAGCCAGCUAGGUUAAAUAGUUCAAGCGGAGCCAGAUGCCGCCCCCUGGUGGCAGUGUGAGUCUGCGCAGGGCAUGCUAAAGAGCGCGCGGCGCCGCUAGCUGAUUGGCUGGCUUGGAUUCCAGGUGUUCUGCAGAUUGAGGCGCUUGUGAAGGACAUGCAGAACCCAGAGACGGGAGUCAGAAUGCAGAACCAGAGAGUCUUGGUCACCAGCGUCCCUCACGCCAUGACAGGAGGCGACGUUCUACAGUGGAUCAUCCAGCACCUUUGGACCUCUAACCUGGAGGCACAGAACUUGGGCAACUUUAUUGUCAAGUAUGGCUACAUCUAUCCUUUGCAAGACCCCAAGAAUCUCAUCCUCAAGCCUGACAGCAGUCUCUACCGAUUUCAGACACCAUAUUUCUGGCCCACUCAGCAGUGGCCAGCUGAAGACACAGAUUACGCCAUCUAUCUAGCUAAGCGAAAUAUCAAGAAGAAAGGUAUUUUAGAAGAAUAUGAAAAGGAAAAUUAUGAUUUCUUGAACAAAAAAAUUAAUUAUAAGUGGGAUUUUGUCAUCAUGCAAGCCAAGGAACAGUACCGGACUGGAAAGGAAAGGAACAAAGCAGAUAGGUAUGCGCUGGAUUGCCAGGAGAAGGCUUAUUGGCUGGUGCACCGAAGCCCCCCUGGAAUGAACAAUGUGCUAGAGUAUGGCCUGGACCGCGUGACCAAUCCAAACGAAGUUAAGGUAAACCAGAAACAAACAAUCACUGCUGUCAGAAAAGAGAUCAUGUAUUACCAACAGGCCUUAAUGAGGUCCACAGUGAAGUCUUCAGUGUCCCUUGGAGGAAUUGUCAAGUACAGCGAGCAGUUCUUGUCCAAUGACGCCAUCAUGUCAGGCUGCCUUCCAAGCAAUCCUUGGAUAACUGAUGACACCCAGUUCUGGGAUCUAAAUGCAAAACUGGUGGAAGUCCCAACCAAGAUGCGGGUCGAGAGAUGGGCCUUCAACUUCAGUGAACUGAUUCGAGACCCCAAGGGCCGGCAGAGCUUUCAGUACUUCCUCAAGAAGGAAUUCAGUGGCGAGAACCUGGGAUUCUGGGAAGCCUGUGAGGACCUGAAGUAUGGAGAUCAGUCCAAGGUCAAGGAGAAAGCGGAGGAGAUUUACAAGCUGUUCCUGGCACCAGGGGCGAGGCGCUGGAUCAACAUAGAUGGCAAGACCAUGGACAUCACCGUGAAGGGGCUGAGGCACCCCCACCGCUAUGUGCUGGAUGCUGCACAGACCCACAUCUACAUGCUCAUGAAGAAGGAUUCUUAUGCUCGCUAUUUAAAAUCUCCGAUCUAUAAAGAAAUGCUGGCCAAAGCUAUCGAGCCGCAGGAAACCACCAAGAGAAGCGCCACCCUCCCGUUCAUGAGACGUCACCUCCGUUCCAGCCCGAGCCCUGUCAUCCUGAGGCAGCUGGAAGAAGAAGAGAGAGCUCGCGAAGCAGCCAACACCGUGGACAUCACCCAGUCAGGCCAGCACUUGGCUCCCAGCCCUCACCUGACCGUGUACACAGGGACCUGCGUGCCUCCCUCUCCUUCCGGCCCCUUCUCCCCAUCCUGUCGCUCCCCCAGGAAGCCCUUUCCCUCACCAAGUCGCUUCAUCCGGCGGCCCAGCAUCGCCAUCUGCCCCUCACCCAUCCGAGUGGCCUUGGAGAGUUCUUCAGGGCCAGAGGCCAAGGGGGAAACCAGCUGGUCUGGUGUCAACUGUGGGUCCCCAGGCACUGAGAGCAGCGGGACAUCUGUGGAUCGCUCAAGACCACAUGACCAGCCCAGGGCCCCUCCCAAGGCCCGUGCGGCUCUGUCCCUCAGCAGGUUUCUGAGAAGGGGCUGUUUGGCAUCACCUGUGUUUGCCAGGCUCUCGCCCAAGUGCCCGGCUGUUUCACAUGGGAAGGUGCAGCCUCUGGGAGACAUGGGCCAACAGCUGCCCAGGCUGAAAACCAAGAAAGUAGCCAACUUUUUCCAGAUCAAAAUGGAAAUGCCUACUGACAGUGGGCCCUGCCUGAUAGACUCCGAUGACACCGGGGCAGGAGAGUCUGGUGACCAGACCACAGAAAAGGAAGUUAUCUGCCCCUGGGAGAGCUUGUCCGAGGGGAAGGCAGGCUGAGCAGGGCCUUGGGCCAGGAAGACGGUCCUGGCAGACACCAUCAGACCUGGGGCACACUUGCUCUCAGACCCAAGUGCAUUAGAAUGAUGUUGGAGGACUGGAAAAAAAUGAACAGGGUGGAAUGAAGGACUUGUGCUCUGGCUGACUCCCAGCGGCCACCUUUCCCCUUUCCCUGACUUUCUUUCCCAUGCUUGCCCAGAAAGGCAUGUGGGCCAGAAGACAUCCCUUGCUGCCUUAAAACCAAUAAAAGGGUCAUUUGGAAGAUUUUCUCGGAUCGGGGUUCUGGCAUAU